AAGCACAUGGCAGACUAUCCAGACUACAAAUAUCGACCACGGAAGAAGGUGAAGUCAUCCAGCGGCAAGACUGGGGAGAAGGGGGAGCGCGUGAGCGGCAGCCCCGGCGCAAAAUCUGCAUCCAAAAAGAGCUCGAAAACUCUCAGCAGGACGCACCGAAAGUCCACGGCGCUUGAGCUGACCUCCCACUCCGUCCCUGCAGACCACCACACUCUCUACAAGUUCAGGUCCGCCGCCAAACAGAUCCCCGAGAAACCAGCAAAGCGCGGGCAUGUGUUCGGGGGGUGCAGCUCCGAUAGCAGCCCGCCCUCCGUCGCCGUGCCGGCCAGUCCCACUCUGAGCAGCUCGGCGGAAUCCAGCGACCCGCUGAGCCUCUACGAGGACGGGCUCGCGAGCGGAAAGGAAGACGCGGAGCCCGCCGCGCGCUUCAAGUACACCCGCGCGCCGUCUCCGACGCCCUCCGCUUCGCACUCGUCCUCCUCGCAGUCGUCCUCUUCGGAUGAGGAGUUCGAGGACGAGCUGGCGGACCCCAGUCCCGGCUUUGACAGCUUCAGCACCUUUGGCACCGCGCCUCUAGACAGAGAUUUGGAGUUCAACUUUGAGUCGGGCUCCGGCUCGCACUUUGAGUUCCCCGACUACUGCACCCCAGAGGUGAGCGAGUUGAUAUCAGGGGACUGGCUCGAAUCGACAAUAUCCAACUUGGUGUUCACUUACUGAGAGCUAGUAGUGAAAGGACAGAUUGAAAAAUGACCGGAGGGCUGCAAAAUCCUCCGAGACGAGUCAGACGACGAGUCAACGACAUGAUUCCUCGUGUUUACCAUGCAUCAGAUACUGUGGGUGCUCAUUAUCCGCUGACAAGAGUGCAGAUGAAAGUGCUUAGCUUGCUCGUUUGGUGCUUGGAAGGAGGCGCGCUUUGGACGCAGAUGAGGAAGGCAUUGCGCGAUGGCGAGUUCACGUUGUGCGCCCUCUCCGACUUUGAAAAGGGACGUUUUUAAACCGAAGAAAAAGUCUGGUCAUAUGCUUGUUUUGAUGGAGGUACUGAAUGGAGAGCGAUUCGUCUGCUCGCACUUGAGAUUGUUUACCAGAAUCCUGUGUUAGACCAGAAUCGCAUGCUUUCAUUACGAUGUAACUACGAAAGGCUGUUGAGAAGCGUUACUGGUGUUGAUUCAUUGAAACUGAAUGGCAGUGAUGUAUCAGACGCAAAAACAAACACAAUCACCAGCUUUCUUGUCGCCAUGGCAUCAGGAUUCAGACGCAACUCAGAUGAUUCGAUUCUUUACACUACAAAUCAGGACCAAAAUUCAUCCGAGGGGCGUUUUCUCUCUCUCUCUCUCUCUGCCUUUUUACUUCUUCAUCCUGGUAACUUUUCAGCGCUGGCAUUUUUAUAUCGAUGUAUUUAUAUAAUGGCCAAACAUUGCUCCUCUCCUCCCCUCCGUCACUUGUGUUCUAGUCAGUCUGUUGUGUGUAUAGGCUUCACAUGCACAUGUCCGUCUGUCUCGCGGAAGGGCUAGCUUUGUUUCGUAUUAUUUAAUUGAUGACCUCUCACAUGGAACGGAGAUUAAAUGUUUCAUUAUUUUCUGAGUGUAUUUUUGUACAAAAUCUAUCGAGGGGGUGUCAAUCGGUGAAUAUCGCUGUUUGGAUUUCCGAUUUUUAAAGCCAGGGGGCUUGGGUUGUCUCCAAAAUCUGCUCCCUAAACAUGUUUACAGUGUCAAUCCACAGGCUUCUUAAAGAGACAGUAUCUGCAUUUCAACGACCAAUCGUCAUUAGCCUAUGAUGCGCGCGCGGAGUGAGGCUGUAUGUAGCUGCAGCAGCAAUUGCUGUGGUUUAUCGCGUCCUUAUUGGGGAUACUGUACCUUUUUAAUACCAAUUUCUUUGUGCUUUUAUAGUGACACGUUUCGGUUUGAACCACUGGAUGGAAUUACAGAUACGGUCGAAAUGCCUAUAAUUCAUGAACAAUGAAGUACGUCUUCACUCCAUAAUUGUACAAGGAUAUUUAAUCUUUUCUACUUGUUGGCUAAAUGUAGCUAAUUGUUUUAGUAUAUUACGGCAUGGCGAAUAGCAUUUUGUAUUUCUGAAUUCAGGUUUAUGUAGAGCAGUUGUGUUUAAGGCAGAGGAUCAACAUGAAGAUUUCUAUGUACAUUGACUGUAAAAUAAGUAAAAGAUUGCGUGUUUAUGUCUGACAAUGAUAUAUCAUGACCGGAAUAAGAACAUAUAUCUUUAUACAUCCCUACCCUCUAAAAAAUGCUGGGUUAAAUGCAACCCAGUGCUGGGUAAAAUAGGGACAAACCCA